CCACAUAAAUAUUAUAUCCUAAAACCCCAAAGAAUUUCCUUUGUCAUGCAGUUUUUAUCUAUCUCAUUUUAUUUAUUCACGUGUGAGCAACGAACAACACCAAAACAAACCGGAUACGCACACGCAGUAACUUUUACGCACGACUAUUAUUCUUGUGCCAAAUAAGGAAACGCAUGUGACAGCUGUAGGCCUGCACUGAGAAACCCGAGACAUUAACCUCUGAAAGGCCCAAUCCCAGAAUUCCCACAGACCCCUAAGCACUUCAGCAGACCCUCACACAGACACAGAAAGUUAGCAGCAGCAGACGACAGAAGAAGCGAACUAAUAUGUUGGAUAACAUCUUAUCAUGGUUGUAUUUUGCGCAAAAGGAGACGCGUUGUUGGCGCUGCUUUGUUUGACCUCUGUUUUUAUGACAGCAGCACAAUAUGAAAACUACAAAUUCAAAAAUGUCCCCAAAGAGGAGCUCAUGCCCCUCAACACUGCGUAUGGAUUGGCUUUGGACCAUUACGCAGCAGAGAAGUGGACGGAAUCGAUCAAAUACUUGGAACUGAGUCUGCGUUUGCACCGGCUUCUUAAAGACAGCGUGAGAUACUGCGUGCUGCUCUGUAACAGUAGCAAACAUGAAGAACCGUCCUUCACAGGAAGCCGGGACCUCCGCGUCUACUGGCUCGUUAUGAUGAGGGCGUCCUGUCAGAAGAAGUGCAGGGCGCAUUUCCCCGCGCUGCAGCUGCCUCCCCCCGGCAGAGAGAUCCUGGAGGACUUCAGAAGAAGAUCUCCGUACAGAUAUCUGCACUUUGCGCACUCCAGGUUGAAUGACCUGCAGAGGGCUAUCCCAUGUGCCUACACCUUCCUCCAGAAGAAUCCUAAGGACCAGGAGAUGCGUCUACUGAUGGAGGAGUACAAGAGCCAAUACAACCUGAGCGGCUACCUCACAGACCACGAAGAACAACCAUAUGAGCCCUCCUUCCUAAGAGGAGUGAAUCUCAUCAAUUUAGGUGACUACAGCGGCAGUGUUGAACACAUGGAGGAAACUCUGAGGCUGUAUCUGCAUGAGUACGACCUCUGUCUGGCAGACUGUGAAGGGAUCGUUCAACUUUCACCAGACAGUGACUUCUAUGCAGUCGUGGCAGAUGUCUACACUGACGUAUUACAGUGUAAGCUGAAGUGUGAAGAACACUUGAUGCCUAAUGUUGGGGGAUAUUUUGUGGAGAAAUUUGUGGCCACUAUUUACCACUACCUCCAAUACGCCUAUUACAAGUUGAACGAGGGCCGCAGCGCGGUGCCCUGUGCAUACAGCUACUUCCUGUUUGAACCCGAAGACCAGGUCAUGAAGCAGAAUCUGGUGUAUUAUAAAGCCUACAGUGAACAGUGGGGCCUUCAGCCCGAACACUUCACACCCAGGAUGGAGGCUCUCAAACACUAUAACCAGACGCUCGCUCAAAAGCAGAUGCUGACAUUAGCAGAGAAGUACUCUGAGUUGGACGAUGAGGAUUUUCUUGGACCAGAGGAAGCUGCACUUUUGGCCUCCGAGUCUCCCGAUGUGGAGUUUGAAGGGAUGGGAGACUACGAGGAGUCCAUCUAUGCUGACUGGAGGCAGCCGAAGGGCAAAGGAGACACUGGGGAGUCUGAAGAGAGCCGAAAGUGAGGAUUUUACACAGCAGUAGAUCUGAAUAUGUCAUUUAUAGUCAGUAAUUUUAGAGUCAGUAGUCAGAUAAAAAGGUGUUUCACAUUUAAGUUUUACACACAGUGUGGUUUAUUAUCCUUGUUUAAAUUGAAUUGAAUUGAAUUGAAUUGAAUUGUUUAUAUUAAUCUACUCUGUUUUUAAGAAAUAAAAGAAGGUCAAUAACUCAUUUCACUUUCCUCUUCAAACUAGAGUCAACAUUUAACGUCUAGAUUGAGUAAAAUACUGUAUAUUACAGUAAAUGAUGAAUAUCACAAUGUGCAUUUAGCCUACUUAAAGGUCUAAGCAUUGAUUCAUGACUUAGCUUAAUGACAAAGUUAACAACUACAUAAAGCACUCACUGUAUUUACUAGUCUUUAUCUUUCAGCUGUUAAUUGUUACAUAAGGUAUAUUACUUUAUUAAAAAGUAUGUUUAACCCCC